CUGCCGGACGUCCAACCGUCACUUUUUCACAACACCAACUGUAUCAUCACCAGCACUCAAUCCAUGCCGUCGCCCUAAUUUUGAGGCUAUCUAGACCUCAUGCGAUUCAUCGACAUCGCAAUUGACCUUGCGGCGGUCCUCGGUGCGACCAGGAACGUCGCCGCAAAACAUAUCGCGCUCCGAAGCAGACAGAUCGACGCAUACACCCGAUCCUCCAAGACUGCCGCCCAAGUCAAAGAAUCUGUCGUUGCGACUGCACAACAAGCUCAGAAUGAUUUCAAAUCGGCAGCAGAAGCCGUUAAGGCCAGUGCAUCUCCAGAGGUAGCCCGCCAGGAGACCCAGACCCCUCGACCGAUCGACAGCGUUACAAAACCAAAGUUUUCCUCGUACGCAGAGGCAUCCAAACACUUCAAUUCACAAGCAGCCAAUGCUAACGAUGGUGCUGAUCUACCAUCUGACGUCAAUGUCGACAUCUUCCACACUUCACGGGGCAAGAUCCUGCGAAAGGGGGAUGCUGGACCACGGGCAAGACCAGUCCCUGGAGGCCCAGCCAAGGAGCACCCGUUGCGCAAUUGGCCGUAUGCCUCACCGCCGCUAGAUAUUAAGACCCGAAUGAGCGAUCCCAACCCAGAGACCUUUCAAGCACCGCCUGCCCCCGAGCCGGUGGUCCCGAUAGAACCAGUGAAGCCCUCAGAGCCCGUCGCAGCACCUGUUGCCGAGAAGCCCAUCGAGUCCAACACCACACCAUCCCCCUCUACAGUCAACGAAGCAGUGAUUACACCCAAGUCAGCAUUUGCACCAGCAGCCACACGAAACCUGAGGGAGUCCAGUGUCCCCUCUAGCCGCAUCGGCAGAAUAUGGAGCUACGGUGGUCUCGCAGCCGGCAUGCUUGGAGGUGCUGUCACCGAGAGCGUCAGCCGAGCCUUUGGUGGUGGUGGCGACGGCAGUGUGCUUCUCAGCGGUGCCAACAUGGAACGCAUGGUAGCCAAGCUGUCUCGAAUGCGCGGAGCAGCCCUCAAACUAGGCCAGAUGAUGAGCUUCCAAGACUCCAAGACGAUGCCUGCGCCUCUGCAGCAGGUUCUGCAGCGCGUACAAGACAGCGCCGACUACAUGCCAGCAUGGCAGCGAGACCGGGUCCUCGUGGCCAACCUCGGCGAAAACUGGCGCGACAUCUUUGACGAGUUCGAAGAGACACCCAUUGCCGCCGCCUCGAUCGGCCAAGUCCACCGAGCGACACUCAAGUCCAACGGCAACCGAGUGGCUGUAAAAAUCCAGUUCCCUGGCGUAGCCGACUCUAUCAACUCGGAUCUCGACAACCUCAGCAUCCUUCUCGGCGCAACCAAGCUGCUCCCGCGCGGCCUGUAUCUCAACAAGACGAUUGACAAUGCCCGUCUCGAACUUGGCUGGGAGUGCGACUACACGCGCGAAGCUGAAUGCGCAAGACGCUACGGCGAGCUGCUCAAAGGCGAAGAAGACGUCUUUGCCGCACCGGGCAUCUACGCCGAAGCAUCGGGCAAGCAAGUCAUCACCAUGGACUUUAUGGACGGUAUUGGCGUGACCAAGAUUGAAUCCUUUACGCAGGAGCAGCGCGACUGGAUCGGCACGCAGAUUCUGCGUCUGUGUCUCCGCGAAAUCACCGAGUUCAAGUUUAUGCAGACGGACCCCAACUGGACUAACUUCCUGUACAACGCCUCUACAAACAAGCUUGAGCUGCUCGAUUUCGGUGCUUCUCGUGAGUACCCAGAAGAAUUCAUCCGCCAGUAUAUUCAGCUACUAGCUGCCGCAUCCCGCUCCGAUAAAGAAGAGGUCAAGCGCCUGUCUGAGUGCCUGGGUUACCUGACCGGGCACGAGAGCAAGAUCAUGGUGGACGCACACGUUGCAUCCGUCAUGACGCUCGCAGAGCCCUUCCUAGCCUCUGCACCAGACGUCUACGACUUCAAGGACCAAACCAUUACAGAGCGCGUGCGCGAUCUUAUCCCCGUGAUGCUCAACGAGCGCCUCGCACCUCCACCAGAGGAAACAUACAGCUUGCACCGCAAACUGAGCGGUGCAUUCCUCCUCUGCGCCAAGCUCGGCAGCAAGGUGCCGUGCAAGGAAAUGUUUGAAAAGAGCGUCAAGCAGUCUGGAUACUUGUAAACACACACCACCCAAAAAGGAAAACAAAAUGUACUUUUAGCAUAGAAUAUUUGUAAAACUAUAGACAGGCAUGAAUGGGUAUAUUCAUCUCAUCGU